UUAUUCCUUUAAAAUUUUAACAAAUUAAGCAUAUUGUUAAAUCAAAAGUCUUUGAAUUUCCUUGAAAAGUGUGGCUCAUUUUGAAGAGAAUAACUGGUUUGAAAAAUUUUACUCGUAAACCAGAAUCAGUUUUGAAGCUAAAGACGAUGUUUAAGAAGAGAGACAGAAGCGACGAUGCUGCGAAAAUCCAGUCGCGACGAAGAUCUAGAUUGAACUCGACUAUGAAACGAAAACAAGGAAUUUUGUCGCACUUCGAUACUCAACAAAUUGAAGAACUCCAAGAAGCUUUCAACUUUAUCGACCAAGACCGAGACGGAGAGAUCAGCAAGAAAGAUCUGAAUGACAUCCUUGUGUCGUUGGGCCAAAACCCUACGGAGUCAGAGAUUCGAGAGAUGCUGAAAGAGAUGCCUGUGCCGUCUGACUUGGUACAUUUUAUGGCGAUGUUUGGGGAACAGAUGGAAUGCGUUGACUCGGAGGAACUCAUAAAAAACGCUUUCUCGUGUUUUGAUGAAACCGGAAAUGGGUUUAUUGAUCUGGCGGAGUUCCGUGAGCUGUUGACCACCAUGGGAUCGAGGCUGACACAUCAACAGGUUGAUGAGAUUUUCCUCCAUGGCUCCAUCACAGACGAGAAUGGCAAAUUCCGAUGUGAUGACGUCAUUCGGCUGUUGAAGUACGGCAGUCAGGAAUGAGAUCUGUUCACUCACGAAAAUGAUGCAUUGUGGUCUAGCAUGGUUACAAACACCAUCAUAUAAGGCAUGGUGAACCAAAGAUGUUUUAACCCAAAGUAGACCAUAAUGCACCUCGUUCGUUACUCCAGAAAAGGUCUAUAGAAAGUGCAGCCACAGGCACCCCAGCGGUAUUUUUUGUCUACGCUUUUGGAUAAAUCCAUCAAUUUAAAUUGUAUUGCUGAAUUAAUUUGUCAAUAAAUAAAUAUAAAUUUGUUAAAUAGUUAAA